CGAAAACCCAAAACAACAACAACAAGCCGAACUCUCAACCAUUACUAUUCACCCACCUAAGGCAGCAGAGUUCUCAUUGUUAGAGAGUUCACGAAAAUGGUUGGCAGAGAAAGGGUCAAGAAGACGCGGAGGGUGAAGGGGAUUGUGGGAGAGCUGGUCGUCCCGCGCAGCCUCAUGGGAAACGUAGUUCAAGGAUCUCCGACAUGGCAGCGCCCAGUACUGCUGUGAACAUCAGUAAUCACCUUGGUCUGAAGCUCAAUAAAACUGAGAAGAAAUUUUUAAGGAAACAGACUAAAGCCAAGCAUACUUUGCUGAAACAUGAAGGCAUCAAGGCAGUGUCCUAUGCCACUCAGAGCCUGGUUGUUGCCAAUGGUGGUUUGGGUAAUGGUGUGAGUAGGAAGCAGCUGCUCCUGGUUUUAGAGCCAUGUGGGCAUGUGGAAGCUCUCUUCAUGCCACCUAACAAGCCCUACUCACUUGUAAGAUACAAGACUGUGGAAGAGUCCAGAAAAGCCUAUACUACCCUCAAUGGAAAAGAAAUAGUGGACGACUUGGGACAGAAGAUCAUUCUGUACUUCAAUUUUGUGGAAAAAGCACAGUGGAAAAACCUGGAGCUUCAAGCCUUACCUCCAGACCUCAAGAUAGUAGAAGAAAUUAUUUCUUCUGAAGAUGAGAGAGUGCUUUUGGAAAGUAUUAAUUGGACACAAGACACAGAUAAUCAGAAUUUUGAAAAGUCCUUGAAACACAGACGAGUAAAGCAUUUUGGGUAUGAAUUCUGCUAUAAGAACAACAAUGUGGAUAAAGAUAAACCAUUACCAGGAGGUCUUCCUGAUGUUUGUGUCAGCUUUUUGGAGAAAUGGUUGAAAGAAGGUUACAUUAAACAUAAACCUGAUCAAUUGACCAUAAAUCAGUAUGAACCUGGCCAUGGAAUUCCUCCUCACAUUGACACACAUUCUGCUUUUGAGGAUGAGAUUGCUUCUCUCAGUUUGGGAUCAGAGGUUGUUAUGGAUUUUAAGCAUCCAGACGGUGUCACAGUGCAAGUGAUGCUGCCUCGCCGGAGUUUGCUGGUGAUGACAGGAGAAUGUAGAUACCUGUGGACCCAUGGAAUCACACCCAGAAAAUUUGAUACCAUUCCAGCAUCUGAACAGCGUAAAGGUGGAAUCAUCACUAGUGACAUUGGAAACUUGACUUUAUGCAAGAGAGGAAUGCGGACAUCAUUUACGUUUAGGAAAGUGAGGCAUACACCUUGUAACUGUAGUUACUCUUCGGUCUGUGACAGCCAGAGGAAAGAGACUCCUCCCUUCUUCCCAAAGAGUGAUAUGGAAGCAUUGCAGCUGGAGCAAGAACACGUCCAUCAAGUGUAUGAAGAGAUUGCCCAGCACUUCAGCAGCACAAGGCACUCACCCUGGCCACACAUCGUGGAGUUUUUGAAGGCUUUGCCAAGUGCUUCCAUAGUGGCUGAUAUAGGCUGUGGAAAUGGAAAGUACCUUGGUGUCAAUAAGGAGUUAUAUAUGAUUGGGUGUGAUAGGAGCCAAAGCCUAGUGGACAUUUGCAGAGAGAGACAUUGUCAAGCCUUUGUCUGUGAUGCGUUGGCAGUUCCCAUUCGCAGUGGUUCUUGUGAUGCCUGCAUCUCCAUCGCUGUUAUUCACCAUUUUGCAACUGCAGAGCGUAGAGUGGCAGCUCUCCGAGAACUUGUUCGACUCUUGAGACCUGGUGGGAAGGCACUUGUUUAUGUCUGGGCAAUGGAACAAGAACUUAAUAAUCAGAAGUCCAAAUAUCUUAGAGGAAACCGAACCAGCCAAGGAAAGAAAGAGGAGAUAAACAGUGAUGCAUCCAUGGAAGGACUGCUUGUGAAGCAAGUGCCUGAUUUGGGCAAUGAAGACUCAGAAUCUUCUGUCCCCUCCAUCAAUGACCUUCAAGAGGGAGGAUAUCAGUCAAGGAAUAUUACUAAUUCAAAGCUGCCUAUUCAUACUAACAGGACUUCUUUUCAUUCUCAAGAUAUACUGGUUCCCUGGCACCUUAAGGGAAUUCAUGAUAAAGAUGGAGUUGUUGAACCUUUUGGCCCAGUACGAUCUAGUGAAACAAGUCCUGUGUUUCAUCGAUACUACCAUGUAUUCUGUGGUGGAGAGCUGGAAGCUGCUUGCCAGACUCUGGGUGAUGUCAGCAUUCUGCAAAGCUCCUAUGAUCAGGGAAACUGGUGUGUCAUUCUUCAGAAGCUUUGAGUAUUCACAUGAGCAAAUAAUAUCCAGAGAAGAAAUAUCUAGCUGUGUUGGGCUUUUUUGUAUGUGUGUGUGUGUGUGUGUGUGUGUCCGUCCUUUGGAUAUCCUUCUCUUAUCAGUCAUCUGUCUACUUCCUUGAUUUGUGGCCUUUUCCUUAACCUGGAGCUGACAUGUUUUCUUCUAAGUCAGUGAGUCCCAGGAUUCUUUGGCUCCUUCCAUCUCCAUCCCACAAAAUGGGGCUUGGCGUUACACGGAUGCAUAGCCAUGCCUAGCUUUUUUUUAAUGGGUUUUGGGGGAAUCAAUCUCAACAGUCUGAGGCCCUCAUGCUUAAGUGACAAGUACUCUUAACCACUGAGCUGU